AUGAAAAAGGCAGUUAUCCGAAAUAUGGUCAGAACAGCAACAGCACUGUGCACAGGGGAUAGGGAACGGGAGGAAUCACCAAAACUAGCCACAAGCAUAGCUAGUUCAAACGGUUACUCGAGAUUGAAAUCUAUCACCCAAUCUCAAACUGCGAGCAACACAGUGAGGAUCCCACGUGAAGGUAGAAUUACUUUGUGCAUCCCCUUCGCCUCUGACUCCUUAACUGCUGCUAUACACCGGACUCUUUUGCGAGCACAGCUGCAAGAUGAUGUUGUGUUGGUGAACAUCCCGAACGACAGCAUCAAGCGACAGUUAGUUUGCAAUAGAUUCUACGAUGGGCAAUACGUGCCAGAAUGUUGCGUGGUUUGUCCAUUCGAUGAGGCCGGUGAUUGCACGAACAUCGGAGUUAUUUUCCAAAUAGAAUGCAACGCCAUUUAUAUUGGAGAAACUGGAAGGAUGCUGAACGUGCGUAUCAAGGAACAUUUGGCUGAUAAAAGGCGAGGGAGUUCGAUGACACCGUUGGGGCACUACAAAAACGAUAAGCAUGAUGGAAAUGAGUUUGAAAUAAAAUGUACGAUUCUAGCGCACGAGAAAGAAAUAUCUGAUAGGAAGGCUUUGGAAGCGUUCUGGAUUUCCGUCAGGAAUCUGUCCAUGAAUAACAAAAAUGAGUGUUUAUCAAUUACCAAAUACUUCUUGCCGACUCACUCGAAUUUAAUGUGCAUCCAUAUUACAAGAACAGAUUUUGUCCACGAAAAAGUAGCUACCGAUGUGAUAACUGCGAUAAAUGCAGCUAUUAAAAUUGCAAGACGAAAGAACCUUUCGCAGUUUAUGAUUUUUGGUGACGAUCAAAAAUUCAUGAAGAACCUGUCAAAAGCGAUCAUUGACCAAGGACACUGGGAAGAAAAUGUGAAGAAAAUUCUUCUCGGAAACUGCACAAGAUUAGCUAAAACUUCUAUAUAUUAA